AUGUCGCCCUCCCGUCAUCUUCACGUUACUUCCCCGUCAUUUUCACAUAAUCCUCUCGUCACCUUCACGUCACCCUCCCGCCAUCAUCACGUCACUCUCCCAUCACCUUUACGUCAAAUUCCCGUCACCCUCCCAUCACCUUCAUGUCACCCUCCCCUCACCCUCCCAUCACACUCCCAUCAUCUUCAUGUUACCUUCACAUCACCCUCCCGUCACCUUCGCGUCUCCAUCCCGUCACCUUCACGUCACCCUUUCGUUAUCUUCACAUCACCCUCCCAUUACCUUCACGUCACUCUCCCAUCAGCCUCCCGUCACUCUCCCGUCUUCUUCACGUCAGCUUCACGUCACCCUCCCGUCACCUUCAUGUCACCCACUAGUCACUCUCCCGUCACCCUUUCGUCACCUUCACGUCGCUCACUCGUCACCCUAAUGUCAGCCUCCCGUCACCUCCGCGUUAUCCUCCUCUCACCCUCCUAUCACCCUCCCGUCCCUUCACGUCACUCAUCCGUCACCCGCCCGUCAUCUUCACGUCACCUUCACGUCACCCUUCUGUCACCUUCACGUCAUCCCCCCGUCACCUUCACGUCACUUUAA